GAGGAAGCGGAAGCAAACCGGGGAGCUCGCGGGGCAGGCAAGCAGCGGGCGGGCGUUUUGCAAAGGCGGCCGCCUUGCCGAGGAGUUUUGCAGGGGCGGAGAAGCCGCGCAAGGGGCGGCUGGCCGGGAUCGGUUGCCCUGCCGCCGCCGGUGCCGGAGGAUUCCCAUGCAUCAGGAUGACAGUCAAGCUGGGUGACCACAGCAGCGGCGUUGGAGCCCCCGAGGAAGGCCUGAGGAAGCUGGGCAAGAGAGGAGCGGCCGGCGAGGAAGAAGGGUGCCCCGAAGAAGGAGGAGGAGGAUGUGGAGGAGAAGGAGGAAAGAAGAAAGCCGAGGAGGAGGGGACCCCUCGAGGAGAUACGAAUGGGGGUCCCUCUUCGGGGGUCCCGGCUUCGCCCCCGGCUUCGUCGUCCGCAUCAGGACCGCCGCUGCCACCGCCGCCGCCAGCCCCCAGCCACGACCAGCAUCACUUCCUCCGGUCCAGCGUCCGGCCGCAGAGCAAGAGGCUGAGGAAGGAUCCCCAGGUGUCCUGCGUGGCGGCCGUCGGCGGGAUGGGCGGCAGCGGGGGCAGCGCGGCCCCCACGGGAAAAGGAAAAGGUGCAGAUAAUGGUGGGACGUCAUCUGGCAACUCCUCAGGAAUCCCAUCCAGCACCCCAGCCGGCAAUUCAAAAUCGAAUUCAAGGAACUUGAGCACAUCGGCCGGAGAAAAAGAGGAAGGCAAAAAAGUGAGGCGUCAGUGGGAAUCCUGGAGCACGGAGGACAAGAAUACCUUCUUCGAGGGCCUCUAUGAGCAUGGCAAAGACUUUGAAGCGAUUCAGAACAAUAUUGCCCUGAAGUACAAGAAGAAAAGCAAGCCAGCCAGCAUGGUGAAGAACAAGGAGCAGGUCCGGCACUUCUAUUAUCGCACUUGGCACAAGAUUUCCAAAUACAUUGACUUUGAUAAUGUGUUUUCUCAAGGGCUGAAAAAAUCCUCCCUUGAGCUUUACGGCUUAAUUUGUUAUGGGGAGCUGAGAAAGAAGAUUGGGGGCUGUAUGGAUGACAAAAACGCAGCUAAGCUCAAUGAGCUUAUCCAAGCUGGAGCCACAACGGUUCGCUACAAAGGCAGGAACCUUCGGAUCAAGGCCCCCAUGUGCAGGGCUCUGAAGAAGCUCUGUGAUCCAGAUGGUAUAAGUGAUGAGGAAGACCAGAAGCCUGUGCGUCUUCCCCUGAAGGUCCCUGUGGAACUGCAGCCACGGAAUAACCACGCGUGGGCCCGUGUGCAGAGUCUGGCCCAGAACCCACGACUCAGAAUGAUCGUGGAGCUGCAUCGGAAGGUAUCCAGCCUGAUAGAAUUCCUGAAACAGAAAUGGGCUCUCCACGAAGUGCGUAUCAGGAAAACACUAGCCGAGAGGCAGCUGCAAGAUUGCAGAGAUGCUGAAACCAGCAGCAGCUAUUCCGAAGAGAAAACUACGCUUCACCUUUUCCCGGGGGAGAACUGCACGCUGACACCCCUGCCCGGGGUUGCCCGUGUGGUACACUCCAAAGCUUUCUGCACAGUGCAUUGGCAAGAAUCGGGCCGCUGCAAGCAGAGCACAAAGGAUAUCCACCUGUUGCCCCCUGCCCAAAUCCUGGGCAUACAGAGCGGUCAGGGGACAGCCAGAGGGCAGGUGAAAUACUCACGGGGGGCAGAAAGUAAGGGCGGAACCAAGGCCGAAACUACUGCGGAAGCGAAUAGAACUCCUACUCAGUUGAUCCUUGAUCCCGUCGCGAACCCGGAAGAUUGCUCCUCCGAAGCUGGGCUUGCCGAAGGAGCAUCCUUGGACCCCAGCGUCGCCAGCCAUCUGAACAAGCCGCCUGCUGGGCUUCAGGACCCAAGUGGGAGCCUGGAGAAGUCCACUCCGGUGGCUGAGAGCAGAGAGGCGGCGCCCGCCGUUGCCUUGCCCGCCUCGGUAGACACCAGCGGCAGCGCCAAGUGCAGUUGUGCCGAUCUCCCAUCGGAUUUGGAAGAACUGUCCCUGCUCGAUCCCUUUCCCCGUUACAUGAAGUCCUGCCACGAUCUGAUCGUCCCCGAGAAGUGUGUCUGCGCGGAGAAGAUGGAUCGAAAAGAGGUGGUUGCUGUGCCGGGAAGUUCUCCUCCCGGGGGGGUUUUCCCUGGCGGCACGGAGACUGGCCACCGCAGUCCCACACACCAGUUGGGGAGUGGCAGGGUGGACUUGCCCAGUGUUGGUCCAUCCACUUCUGAAACUCAGGCCUUCCGCUUCUCCGCACUUCAAGCGGAACCGUGUGUGAAGGAGCUCCCUGACGCAGUAAUGGAGGAUUCUCAGGAGAAGCUCAACCCCUCACUGCCACCGCCGCCUCCACCACCGCCUCCACCGCCACCUCCAGCUCAGGGACAGACGGCCGCAAAGCCUCUCAAGGAUGACCCCAGCCACCUCGCACAGCAAGUGCGAGAGAAGGGAUGGAGCCUGCGGACCUCUGAAAGCCUUACCUUGGCUGAAGUCUACCUCAUGAUGGGCAAGCCGAACAAAUUGCAGCUAGAAUACGAUUGGCUGGCAGUCCUGGGGCAGGAAACUCAGGAUGCCGGGGAGCCGAUCGCCGAACCGAAAUCUGCUCCUCCGUCGGCCGCUUUUCACAAACAGAAACUCCUCAAUUGCCUCUUGAAACUCAUCUCUUCUGAAGUGAACCCCAAACCGAUCCCCGAAAUGAAUUCCGUUGCAACCUCCCCCAUCAAGCCCAUACAAGAGGAGCAUGCUUUGACCCCUCCCGGGAAGGUGAUUGCCAUUAGCACCAGGAGUCCGGGCUGUGCUCGCAAUCAACCUGCGCUUCAUAAGAAGACCUUUUCCCCCAGUGCCACUCCCAACUCCUCAGGUUUCCGAAAUCCUUCUAAACCCCUCUUGGUGGCUAGUUCUUCAUGUUCCAGCAACCCGGAUGCUGACGGCGGCCUCUUUGCCAUUCCCACAACCCUCCCACCAAACAGCAGGCACGGGAAGCUUUUCUUGCAAAACAAAGAAGCAGACUUGAGCUUCCGCCAGCGCUUGGACACCAUCAGUAUGCAAUCAGAUUUUUUCUUGCCAAAGCCAAGAAAACUACGCAGCAGACACCUGCGGAAGCCGCUAGUUGUACAGAGGACACUGCUUCCUAGACCUUCCGAAAAUCCUUCCCAGCAUGUUUGUUCCUUUUCCAUCUUAUCGAACUCCUCCAUAACAGGAAGGGGAUCUUUUCGGCCAAUCCAGUCAUCGCUGACUAAAGCUGCCGUAUCUCGCCCCAUUGUUCCCAAGAUCCUUCCAGCUCAAGCCACCAAUCGUCUGUCUAGUGCGAUUGAUUUGGCGGCUAAAUCAGCCGGUAUUAUCCCCGGCAGUCCGUUGCCACUUCUAGGGACCGAAGGCUUGCCAAGCGUUUCCCCGCUCUCACCAGAGGCAGUAACCACCGUAGUUGGAGGUCAAGACUCCACAGUGGCACGUCAGAAUGGAGGCUCCAUAGCAACAGUGGCGGGUUCAAGCCAUGAAUGUCGGGUUCCUUUCCUUGGUCUACCAUCCCAGCCUGAGCAGGAAGCCAUUCCUGAUGGCUUCCAGGGAACUCCGGUCCUCUCCCUGCCAGAGCUGCCUAAAACGUCUCUCCAGAAUGGUCUUUCUUCCUCUCCACUUCCCUCUUCUGAGACCUCCAGCACCCGUCUGUCUCCUCCCAAUGUCUCUGCUCUCCUUGACAUAUCUCUUCCUGGGCCCCCCGAGGAUGUUUUGUCUCAGGGAGAACCGGCUACUCAAAUCAGUGACUCCAUCAUUGAAAUAGCCAUUAGCUCUGGCCAAUAUGGUGAGAAUGUUUCCCUGUCCCCAGCCAAGCUGAACGGCAGCGAUAAUUCCAAAAGUCUUCCGUCCCCAUCCUGCAGCCCCCAGCAGAGCUGGAUCGCUUCGCCCAGCCAUGAUCCACAGUGGUAUCCAAACGACUCCACCGACUCUUCGCUCAGCAGCUUAUUUUCCAGUUUUCUUUCUCCGGAGAAGGGCCGGAAAAUGCUGCCCACCUCAGCAGGCAAUCCAAGCAGCACCUCCUUGUUGGGACCCAGUCUGCUGGAUGGGAAUUCACGGGAUUCUUUUGUCUCUCGGUCCAUGGCUGAUGUCGCUGAGGUGGUCGAUUCCCAGUUGGCCUGCAUGAUGAAUGAGAACAGCAUCGACUACAUAUCUCGGUUCAACGACCUUGCCCAGGAGCUCUCGAUCCCGGAGCCGACCCGCCGAGAGAUUCUCUUUGACGGAGGGAGUGGCGGCCCCCCCAUUGGCGACCUCUCUCAGUGAACGCAUCCCACCAGCGGGCUGGUGGGCGCCGUUUGAAUUGGCCAUAAUGUGGAGGAAUGACGUCAUAGCUAUGCAGCGGAUUGGGUUUUUUUAUUUUUUAUUUUUUAUUUUUCUCGUUGUCCUGGCGGGAGCAUGCCUGAGAAGAAGAGAGGAGUUUUCUCUUCGACCUUCUACGGUUCCUGGAAAGUGCAAUAGGCUGGGAACAAGACCGUGUGGAGCAGUAUUAUAGGAAAUGACGCGCGUAAGCUGGUGACUAGCAACGUUUACAAGGCAGCUCCGGGUUUUAAGGUCUGAGCAAGAAAAAUCCCACAAAUGACAUCCUUAGAUGUUGUCGUGGUAUCCACAAAUAAGCUGAAAGUUGGGGGGCGGUAAAUAGUGGUGUGUUUUUAUAAAUUUUCCUUUUUAAAAAAAAAAAAAAAACUUCCUCUCCUGAUCUGUCACGGCUGUCUUGUUGGCAAGUCAGUUUGAGCUGGUAUUCCUGGCACUUUCUUGUCACAACAGCAGCUGAAUUCCACAAGGCUUUUAACAGAAUUCUUUCAUCGUUUCUUUAUAUUCAUUAACAUUCCAGCAGGACACAGGGAUGGGAGGAAAAAAAAAAACCCUGUUCCUGUUCCAUCUUUUAAAAACUAGGAUAGGGUCAGAGGAAAUCUUGGAAAGGCACAGGACCUAUCCUGCUUCUUUUUAACCUUCUUCCCCGUGCUUAAAAAAAAAAAAAAGACAGCUAUCACCCAAGGACUUCCAUUUUUCCUAGAAUGCUGGCUGGGGCAUUCUGGGAGUUGAAGUCCACACAUCUUAAAGAGAAGACUCCUCUGACCUAUUACAGAUAGAUUCAAAGUCAAAUUCCUUUGAGAUGAGCACAAUCAUUGGUCGAUGGCCAUGGAAAUGUCCUUGUAGUCUCUUUGGCAACAGUACAAGUGGUUUCCCUUUUGUGGUUGUCUUUCUGUGGGGUGAGUUUCUGACUUCCCAGUCUAGUCUGCAGCUCAGAGGGUUCUUAGUAGUUAUUACCCUGUUUCCCCCAAAAAUAAGACCCAACGGGAAAAUAAGUCCUAGCAUGAUUUUUCAGGAUGCUUGUAAUAUCAGCCCUACUCCCAAAAUAAGCCCCAAUUAAGAUUGUCAGCCAGUAGAUGCAUUUAGUACCGUAUUUCCCCCCCCAAAAUAAGACCUAACCAGAAAAUAAGCCCUAAUGCGUCUUUUGGAGCAAAAAUUAAUAUAAGAUCAGGUCUUAUUUUCGGGGAAACGGUAGAUGAAAGGCCUCUUGGCAAAAUCAGGCCCAUAGACUAGACCGGGAUGUCAGCAACGCUCCCCAAAGAAGAUCAUUGAAAACGCACUUCCAUUUUGUUGCCUCCCCAAAAAUCAUGUUUAUAUCUCUUUAGAUAUAUGAGAAGUCAAGCUUGACACUUUAUCUUUGCUUUUUUAAAAGCCCCCUUUGAUUAUUGGUUGUUACCUCAUUUUGGAGAACAAAAUCUCUUACACACAUUUCCGGUUGAAGUUGAGGAAUGUUUUGAUGAAAGUCCUGCAGAUGAAAGAAACGGGUAAAAUUUUCUACUUCCUGUAGGUUCUUAAGGCAAAUAGCGGUUUUAGACAGGGGCCUCUCUCCCAUCGACGGUCCUAAAAUGCCCUUCCUGAGGUCUGCAGAUGUUGGCCUCUUAGCCUUCAGAGCUUGAAUAGCAGACAGCUAUCACUUAAUUUUACUUUUGCGGCCGCCAAGAAUCAUCUCGUCCCUCUUCUUUACUGAUUAUUCCAGACAAUAACAGUUCCCCCUUAGUUGUUUACCUCCCACAAGCGAGCAUUUCUAAAUAUUUCAUUAUGAAACGCUAUUUACCUGCAAGCAACCACUUUUUAACAAGCCUUGUCCUGUGGAUGUCUCGUUUUUCUUCAGACGUUCGACCGGCAACGUGACUUUGGACCUAGUCCACAAGGUUUCGCUUGCUUUUUGCCCAAACCGAUGUCAAAGGGACCAAAAAUGGGUGUUGGAUCAGGAGAAGGCACCCUCUGUCCCUGGGAUUUAUCCCUUAAUCCUCUUUUAGCGUCGCUCCAAGUUUCUUCCCUUCACCUUUGCCGCAGAACUGGAUGGCCUUUCCUAACUUGGGUGUAUUUGCGACCGAGUCCACCUGCCCUUCAUUCAAUUAAGGUGCUCUCCAGAUUCUGCAGAAGCUGAACAGAAAACUGCUGAGAUCAUGUAUACCUUUAACCUAAUUGUCCGAUAUCACAGCUCCUUCAGAAGUGGUAGCCCUUUCAAGUACUUCACUAUAAUUGAUAGCUCAAUGUACACUUUUUUUCUUUUCUUUUUUAAUUUCAGGCCAAAACAUCCUAUGCCGUUCUGAUAAUCAAGGGACAUCAUCGCUGUCCACGGAGUUCUGGCAGUCGUAAGAUCAUGAUAUCCAGACCCCUCCAGGCAGCCUCUGUGAUUUAGGAGGCGUUUUAGCAAUUUAGCCUAGAUCUCACACUGCCGGAAUCCUCUUAAUGCACCCAGGCGCGGUUUCUUGCCAGGCUCUUGUCCGAUACACUCUAUUUUUAUCCUCCGUACCCUUCAGCUCUUCGCAGUUCUGUGUCCCAUAGGAAAAAAACGUUUUAUUCAGCACGUUUUGUUCAAAUAGAGCAACCUAGGCUGAACCUUCCACUGAUAAUUAUGCAGCUUGUGCUAUGAUUGAGAGCUUGUAAUACAGAUUUUUCCUUAGCAAUUCUUUCCUCUUCACUAUUGGGCUAUUUGACAUGGAUAUUUUAAACUCGAGCUUACGGAGCCCUUUGUUUUAUGUCCGUCUGGACAUAAAACAGAAUAAUGUCUGGAUAUUAUUCACCUGCCUUGCAGGUAUGGUGAUGAGUGUCCCUUCCACCACUAGCUUUCUCCAUCCAUGAAAACAUAGGGUGUUGUAAGAACUAUUAAGGCUAGACAUUGGCUCAGCAGGUUUUUAAUAUUGUUUUGUUGCCUGAAACAACCCGAAGUAAGCAAGCAUUCACAAAAGCAGCUCCUUUCCCAAUACUCGACAGUAUUAUAGCAGUAGCUACCUAUCCGCUUUAGUUCUGUAAUUCUCUGCACACAACUCCCUUGAAAAAUCUUGUCUCCUUGCUUCUUUAGGGGUCCUUUAGGUUCUUUAGGCGUCCUUAGUCCUCCUGGGUCCACGCCAGGCGUUUUGUGGGAAGGGUUGCUACACGCUUGGCGUUCACCUUUGCUGCGUGGCAAUGUGCUUGGUGUUUGCCGAGGCCCCGUUUGCUCUUAAAUCGGGAACCACAAAAGCACGGACAGCUGGAGUUGUCCGUUCUGUCUUGGGUGCCUGUAUACCGUGUUUCCCCGAAAAUAAGACCCUGUCUUAUAUUUUUUUGAACCCUGAAAUAAGCGCUUGGCCUUAUUGCCAUGUGCUCAAAAGCCCGAUUGGGCUUAUUAUCGGGAUGUCUCAUUUUGGGGGAAACGGGGUACUAUUGGCGUUCCCAUCUUCGUCACUGGAGUCCGUAGUUCCAGGAGGACCAGGACUAACUACUAUAGUCAGUCUAGUAAUCAGUAACAAGCCCUCUACAAAGCAGUUAGACCUAUAGAGGGGUGGAUUGGAUCUUGGCUCUGGCACUUAAAGUACCAUACCCAGUGGCCACCACGCGGAGGUGUCCAAGCCUGCAACUACGACCCUGUUAAGAGAGUCAUAGUCAAAAAUAAAACAAUCCUUUUGGGGCCUUUUAUGUCUUGCAUGUUAACAUCUGAAGUCAAGAGCGAGGACAGCUCUGCUUUUAGGUCUAAAAAUGAAAGGAAAAUUCCAGUGAUCUCAACUCCAGCCAUUUUCCUACAGUGCUUAUUUAUUUAUAUAAGUGGUUUUUUUUAGUUCUUGGAAAGCUGCUGGCCUUAUGGCUUCUGUCAAAGAGAUAUCCUGAUUGGAUAAGGGCAGGAGAUAAUUCUGAGCUGUUAACUCUGCCCCUUUUGGAUGCAGAACAAUAUAAAAUUCAUUACGGAGAACUUCUGUGUAAUUUCUAGGGAAUUUGCAGGCAUGGCUAGUUGUUAUUGGAGUCAUUGUGCCUUUAUUUUUGGCUUGAGGGAUUGAAAGGAAGAGAAGAGAAGAGAAUAACAGCGCUUGAAGGGACCUUGGAGGUCUUCUAGUCCAACCCCCUGCUUAGGCAGGAAAAGCUCUUGUGGAUGGCCUGGUUUUCAUUUGUGCAUUUGGUUCCCGAAAAGCUUUGGGUGUCAAAUGUUCCCUUUUUUUUUGCAAUCAGAUGGACGAGUUGAUGCGUGAAUUUACAAAAGAGAAUGUAUGCAGUGGAUAUAAGCUUUUCUCAUAGGCCUACCAGACAGGGCACUAGGAAUCGGAAAUGUUUUGCUCCUGUGUAAAGUUUUAAGAAUGUGGGUUAGGCAUUGUAUCUGCCCAUUUUUGGAGUGCCUGGAUUGGACAGUAGUUGAUGGUCUUGCUUGCACAUUGCAUUGAAAUUGGCCAAUCAUUCAAGCGUUAACUUUAUUUUGCUUUUGAUCAACGGGGAUCUGCAGUUCACGGGAAGUUUCCUCUACACAACGUUCGUCGGAAUGAAAUUCCCUAUGAACCGCCUCCUAAUUUUCACACUUUCCCCCCUCCCCCCUUCUUUACACAAAGGUGUUCUAGACUGGCAUUAUGUAACCCUCUCAUUGAUUGUUAACUUUAUGCUUUCUUAGCCAGCUUGAUUUCAAUUAUACUCAUAAGGAUGGCUUGUCUUUGACUUGACCAGUGGUGGGGGGUUUUCUUUUAGCAUUGCGUUUGGGACUUGGGGUUGUUUUUAAAUACACAUAUAUAAACCCUCAGUACACGUACGCGUGUAGACUGCUGAAUUUGUAAGGAAGAAACGGCACUUUUUUUGAGUUAACCCAGCCCUUUUUAAAGCUUUCCUUGUGGACCUGUAAAUGCUAAAUAAUGAAAAUAUUUGCAAGCACUACAGCAAUGAGUUAUCACUAGUUGCCAAAAUGUGACAACUGGCUUUUGAGCUUGUGCAUUUGGCAGUGGACGAUGUUGCUGUUUCUUUUAAUAAUAGUUAAGCCAUAUCAUCUUUUAAAACAAAAAAAAAAGUUUUUUGUCUCGUUUUAAAAUGUGAAUUUGUUUUUUCAGAUAAUAUGCAUAUAUAUAUAACGUCUGUAUAAAGCAAGAAUGCCUGUCCUUAACUGAUUAUUUUUUUGUACCAUAUUGUAAAUUAUAUUAUUUAUUCUUUAUCGAUUUUUGGAGAAAAAAAAAGGAAAAAAAGGUGUUUGGGUUAUUUAAUAUAAUAUACACUUCCUCUGUUUUAAAUUUCCAAUUCAAGUUGUAAAGUUGUUUUUAUGAUUGUCCAUAAACACUUACUAAUCCUUGGUCUAA